GCGGGGAAAAGCGAUCGGCAGAUCGGGGCAACACCCCCGAUUCCCCGACCAGCAUACGUGGGUGGCUCCAUCUGUUGUCACUAUUGAUGAUCAUUAUUAUUAUUCUGCUGCAGAGACAAAAUGGCUGGGAACGAAACUAGCAAAGAUAUCCCCCAGAAGGAUGCAAAGAAACCCUCCGAGGACAGUGACAGCGAAGCGGAAGACGUAUUUCACGAUGCGCGAUUCCCUGCUGAAGAAGAAGCCCGUCUCCUAGAAGAAUCACAAGCGAUCAAGAAAGAAGCGAAUCAGCUUUUCACCUCUGCGUGCUAUGACCAAGCCAUUUCCUGCUACGAUCGGGCCCUCGCCUCAUGUCCGAACUACCUUGAUUACGAUGUCGCAGUCCUCCGAAGUAACAUCGCCGCCUGCUACCUGAAAAUGGAAGACUGGAAAGCCUCAGUCGACUCUGCAACAGCAUGUAUUGAGUGUUUGGACAGAGUGGAGCCGCCACCGACACAAGAAGAUGCGGAUAAGUCUGAGGAAAAGAAACAAGGCACAGGAUCGACGGACCAGGCUGACGCCGUUGUUGAAAUUUCGGGCGAGAAUGAAGAGGCAGAGCAGGAGGAGCUGAAACGUUUACAGAAAAUCGACCAAAGAAGACAGGAUGUCAUGCGGAUACGGGCGAAAGCACUGCUACGACGUGCUCGGGCAAAGGCCCAGCUUGGUGGAUGGGGAAACCUACAAGGAGCCGAAGAAGACUACAAGACACUGGCUUCUAUGGAUAAUCUACCUGCGGAUGAUAGGCGGAUUGUGCAAAAGGGUCUUCGAGAACUUCCCGAGAAAAUCAACAAGGCACGAGAGAAGGAGAUGGGAGAGAUGAUGGGCAAACUGAAAGACCUGGGAAAUGGCAUUCUCAAGCCAUUUGGACUGUCGACAAAUAACUUCAACUUUGUUCAGGAUCCGAAGACGGGGGGCUACAGCAUGAACUUCCAGUCUUGAACCUGCAGAAACAUAAUAGAGCAUUAUAGAUGGAAGGUGAUAUAAUUUGAGCGUAUUAGUUUUGAGUAUGUGCUUUCAUUUGAUUCAAAAACAGCAAAUAUCAAGGCGUUUGUUUCCUCUGGUCGAUUUUGUACACGCCUCUACUUCCUAUCUUGCUGCUAAACCUCGACAGCUUAUGAUAUGAUAUAACCACCCUGGUUAUUUUGUUCUCUUCUUAUAUCGCCGGGUCUAUGGCGUUCACGAUACUGAAGCUUGAUGUAGCAGCAAUGCGAUAGACAAAAGUACCAAAUAUCGAUGGCUAUACCAGUAAAUUAGACGCAAAUCCAAUCCAACAAAGAUAAAAUACUGCC